GCACCGCACCGCGCUCCGCUCCGCUCCCGGCCCGGCCGCUGCCCGGCACCGCCGUCCACAGCGCCCCUUCCCGCGCCUCUCUGCAGGACAUAAGAGUUUGAGGAAGGCUUUCAAAGGGGAAUUUUCUGGGAAGGAAAUCAUAUUUUUGUGGGUUUUUUUUUGUAAUGAAGAAAACCAUCUGAGUUGCCUGUUGUUUCUAUGGUAGAGUAAGUUGCACUCUUGCAGCACAGGAGGAAUUGUUUCCUGCAUUACAAUUUUGGAAGAAGCAUUGAUAAAUGAGAGUUGGGAAAUGGUUCUCUCAAAGAGGUGUGGAUGUAUUGGGAUGUAGCUACUGUACAAARGUCACACUUGGAUAAUUCUGGAUAGGAAAAAGCAUCCCUUUCCUGACCUCCUGAAGAGGCUACAAUCCUUCGAGCCUCAGCAUAAUGAAUGGUUUCUGUCACAUGGCGCUGAAGUUCCCUCCUCUGACUACUACGCUGCACAGAAGAGUUCCUAAGAGUUACAAAGAAAGUAAUUCCUGCUAAAGGCAUUAAACCAAACAAAAGAGGCUCUUCAUUCACAGACUUUACAUGAGGACAAAAAYAGAAGGAAGCUGAAGCUUUUCUACACCCGGGCCUGGUGUGCUUAUGUACCAUGAUAAAUCUUGGUUGGAAUGCUCACUGAGUACCGUGCCAGGAGCCAGGAAWCACACACCACCAACAAGGACCAUCUGAGUAAACACCAUCGAGAAAAAAACUGCUUCAUGGAGUAAACCAUAAGAGUGACUGGGCAGAAAGACAUUCAUUUACUGGAUACCCUCAAGCACAAAAUUURCUCAUACCUUUAAAUACGAUUGUUGAAGAUCAGAACUGUAUACAAAUCUCAUCAUUCCUGACCAUGAUUAGUGUUACCUGGAGCAUCUUCCUAGUUUGGACUAAAAUAGGGCUGUUACUUGAGAUGGCACCUUAUUCUGUUAGUGCCAAACCAUGCCCUUCAGUAUGUCGCUGUGAUAUGGGUUUCAUUUAUUGUAAUGAUCGCGAUUUGACGUCUAUUCCUACAGGAAUCCCAGAGGAUGCAACUACCCUCUUCCUUCAGAACAAUCAAAUAAAUAAUGCUGGGAUUCCUUCAGAACUGAAGAACUUGCUUAGGGUGGAAAGAAUAUAUUUAUACCGCAACAGCCUAGAUGAAUUCCCCACUAACCUCCCUAAGUACAUUAAGGAAUUGCAUUUGCAGGAGAAUAAUAUAAGGACCAUUACUUAUGAUUCACUUUCAAAAAUUCCUUAUCUGGAAGAACUGCAUUUGGAUGAUAAUUCUGUUUCUGCCGUUAGCAUUGAGGAUGGAGCUUUCCGGGACAACAUCUAUCUCAGACUUCUUUUUCUCUCUCGAAAUCACCUUAGCACCAUUCCCUGGGGUUUGCCUAAAACCAUAGAAGAGCUACGCUUGGAUGAUAAUCGUAUUUCCACAAUUUCUGAGCUGUCCCUUCAAGACCUUACAAAUCUAAAACGCCUUGUUUUAGACGGAAAUCUUCUAAAUAAUCAUGGAUUAGGAGACAAAGUCUUCACRAAUCUGGUCAAUCUUACAGAACUGUCGUUGGUCCGCAAUUCGCUCACAGCCGCACCGGUGAAUUUGCCGGGAACAAACCUAAGAAGGCUWUAUCUUCAAGAAAACCACAUCAACCGUGUGCCACCCAAUGCUUUCUCUUACUUACGGCAGUUAUAUCGACUAGAUAUGUCCAAUAACAAUCUCAGCAAUUUACCUCAGGGUGUCUUUGAUGAUCUGGACAACAUCACUCARCUUUUUCUUCGCAACAACCCUUGGCACUGUGGGUGCAAUAUGAAAUGGGUACGCGACUGGUUACAGUCAUUGCCUUUAAAAGUUAAUGUACGUGGACUGAUGUGUCAGGCACCAGAAAAAGUACGUGGGAUGGCUAUCAAAGACCUCAGCGCAGAUCUGUUUGACUGUAAGGACGAUGGUGUGAUAAGCACCRUUCAAAUCACUACCGCGGUACCAAACACAUUAUACCCAGCCCAGGGGCACUGGCCCAUUUCUGUGACCAAACAACCAGACAUCAAGACACCCAACCUAAAUAAAAACUACAGAACCACAGCAAGCCCGGUACGCAAAAUCAUUACAAUAUUUGUGAAAUCCGUAAGCACGGAGACUAUUCACAUUUCCUGGAAAGUUGCACUACCAAUGACUGCUUUGAGACUGAGCUGGCUCAAGAUGGGUCACAGCCCUGCCUUUGGAUCUAUAACUGAAACGAUCGUUACAGGCGAUAGGAACGACUAUUUGCUCACGGCUCUCGAACCAGAAUCACCAUACCGUGUGUGCAUGGUUCCCAUGGAAACCAGCAACAUCUAUCUCUCCGACGAAACACCCGAAUGCAUCGAGACCGAGACGGCACCUCUUAAGAUGUACAACCCUACCACCACCCUCAAUCGGGAGCAGGAGAAAGAACCUUACAAAAACUCCAGCUUGCCCUUGGCCGCCAUCAUCGGCGGCGCAGUGGCGCUGGUGGCCAUAGCGUUGCUGGCUCUGGUCUGCUGGUACGUCCACAGAAAUGGGUCCCUGUUCUCCCGGAACUGCACCUACAGCAAGGGACGCCGGAGAAAAGACGACUAUGCCGAAGCGGGAACCAAGAAGGAUAACUCCAUCCUGGAAAUCAGGGAGACUUCUUUCCAGAUGAUACCAAUAACCAAUGACCAAGUGUCCAAGGAGGAAUUUGUAAUACACACCAUUUUCCCACCUAACGGCAUGAAUCUGUACAAGAACAGCCACAGUGAAAGCAGUAGUAACAGGAGUUACAGAGACAGUGGUAUUCCAGAUUCAGAUCAUUCACACUCAUGAUACUGAGGGACGUGAAAGACUGGUUUGGGUUUUGUUGGUUUUUUUGGGUUUGUUUUGUUUUUUAAAGAAAACAAGAAAAGACUGACUUAACAGUUGCUGUUCUACUGCAAAACACUGGAUUAAAAGACUGACAAAGCAAUGUACUGUACAUUUGCCAUAUAAUUUAUAUUUAAGAACUUUUUAUUAAAAGUUUCAAAUUUCAGGCUACUGCUGCGAUUAAUGUAGUGGGAAUACCUGACCACAAUUCUAUAUUUUAGUAUUUUUUAGUAAUUUGUACUGUAUUUUCCUUGCUAAUAUUGAAGUUACAGACCAUUUAACUUUUGUGUUCUACUGAGUAAGAUGACUUGUUGACUGUGAAAGUGAAUUUUCUUGCCGUGUUGAGCAGUCAGAACAUUCAUCUGAGAUCCUUGUAAGUGUAAGCACAGGCCAUUUUUCACUUUGGUAUCAAUAAAAUAAUGUUGAACCUGGCAAAUCAGGAAGAUCCAAAAGUGGUUACAAAAACUCACAGAACUUACAGUGUUGGGUCCAUUAAAUCUGUAAACCACAACAAUAUUCAAUAAACAAAAAUGUGUGUAGUAAUGGGCAAUAUCAGCUGUCUGGAUAUAUCCAUUCAACAGUGGUGAAAUACAAUUUAAAAGAAAAUAACCAAAUUGAGGCAUGCAUGAGACUGAAGCUUUUGACAAGUUUAAAAAAACCUGAUCCCUAGAAGAAAGCAGAAUCAAAUUUCUAUCAAGGAAUUAAAAAAGAAAAAAAGUAGGCUCUACAAACCAAGGAGGUAGACACAGUUUAGGAAUGGAUUUUUGGUUAUCAGAACCAGUGGUCUGUAUAUUACAGAGAAAAUAAUGAUGGAUAUUAACAGGCAUUUGGGAGAMAAGGGCAGGAAGGCAGAGACAACACUUUGAAACUGCUUUGAAAAGAAAAAGGGCUGAAAGUGCAGUUUCACAAGAAAAGUGAGCAGGACAAAACCCAAGACAGUAAAAGUGAGGUCUCAAAAACCAAUCCCAAAGGURAGCAGACAAAUGGGGAAUGCAGUUAUAAAGCAUAUACAGAUCUUUGUUCAGUAUACUGCUGUUACAGUCAGGAAUACUGCCCAUUACUGUCACAGUUAUCCAGAAAUUCCUUGAUAAAAUGGUAAGGUAACAUGUUUCUUUCUGCCUUCCUGCUGAACUAUAAGCUAUUUCAUGUUUAAACCCCAAGCCACUCUUUGUUACAAUAAUCAUUCUGUUUCCUCAACUAAAAACCAAAGUGCUUUGUACGCCCUUUGGCCAGUCUUGUGUGCCUUGAUCCAACGCUACAUGUAUCAAAACUUUUAAAAACUAAGAAAAAAGGAAAUAAUAAAAURCCACUUUUUCAUACAUAACUUAACUAUGAAAAAUACUGGUCUUAUUCAUGAAUGAAUUUSAAAAACUAGUUCAAAAUUAUGCUGCACUUCUGCAGUGCACUUUAAAGAAGCCGACUCGGAAGCUACUAAUUUUCAGGUCAGGAGCUUCACCUCUCUCUGUGUUCAGGUUGAAAGCAUUACAGUUGCAGGUUUUCUUCAUUAUUAACUACUUGGAAGAAAAGUUUUCACAACACUGAACAGAGUGAACAAUGACAGGGAGGGAAGGCAUGGAGUUACAACCCUCUGAAAUACAAUCUUUUUAACAGAAACAGCAAAUGAAAAAUGUUUAAUAUCUCAGACAAGAAGGAAUGUAUACCAAAGGCAAUUCAAUUCUAUGAGCAUUUYAGCAGUGCUUGGCCUGUUUCCCUAAGAGCAGUAAAGAAUGGGAGAUGACAAGAAGAAAGUGACAAACACUGAGACUGAUGGUUGCARCAGUGAGCCUGCAAAUUAAUUUCCUGCCAGGGAUCCAUCUGACUGUGCAGAUCCAAAAUUUCCAGUAAUGUACUUUUUUUUAAUCCUCAUUUUCCAGACGUGCCCAGGGAAGUUCCUCUCCAAACUCCCUGUAUAUGGAAUUGUUGACUCAGCCUUACUUUCAAAAAUGUCUCCUGCAGUUCCUGAGCAGCGGAGGAGCAGCACUGUGCUUUACUGACCUUACACAAACCAUGCCUUCUUCACAUGGAGCACUGAUUGGAUCCAUGGAAAAGGGCAUAUAAUGCUAGUGCCCAGACUAUUUUGCUGUUUUCCCAUCAGGUGCCAAUCUAGGGAAGGGCAAGAAAGCCAAAACUGAGCAUGUGGAACCUUGUAAUGCUGAUGUGCAAAAAGCAUCCUGAGCAGUGAGUGGGAAAGGAAAACAACACAGAGGGACUGGAUGGACCUGUUCCUUGUCUACACUCACACAGGGGGAUCCCUGGUGUGUGAGCCCAUUUAAUGGCUGGGUCACUGGAAGGAGAGCCUAGUUCUUUGCCAGCAGUUCUCCAGUAACAAAUUUAAAUAGGUUUUGUUGUAGAGUCAAGGUAUUUAUAUAAAAACCUCUCUCCCAGUUGGCUCCAAAGUUAUGAUGUGAAAAAAGGUAAAACAACACUCAGUGAGUACUUUGCCUUCUGAGGGACCUAAGCCAGAAGUGCCUCGUAAUGGUAUGUACCACCUCCAAUGAUGCCWUGUGAAGGGCAUAAGGGUAUAAAAAAGUCAGCAUUUGAAAAGAUUACUGUAUGAGAGUCUUAAGUAAAAUAACUUUCCAUGUGACAUUUUGGUCUGAGGCAGCAGGGUGAAAAUCCAAAGCAACUUCAGUAAAUGAACCUGGUUGUUCCUACUUCACCUUCCACCAGAAAGAGUGAAAACCUGGACAAGGCUCUGUCCUCUGCAGGGAACCAGGUCAGGUUUGGAGGAGAGCCAAUAUCCUCUUAGCACACAUGAUGUCAGUGGAAAAAAUGGCAACACYGAAGUGUGCAAGACCUUCCUUGGGUUCUACAGCAACUUUAUUCYACACACAUAAUGUAAAAAUUAAUUUGGCAAUAGAAAGAUUGCUUUCAAAGUGAACUGUGUGUUUUUUCCUUUGGCUGUUCAUAUAAAUCUCUAUUCUGCUCCAUGUCAGGCCUGUCUUUCCAAGACUCUGCUAUUUACCAYAGUGCUGCAGUUGCUGCAGGCAGUGCUCCCCAGCACCAUCAUAAACCCGUUCUGUUGGACAGGUAUAGACGCAGGCAAAGCAGAUUACUACACUGAGCAGUUUACUCAGCGUUUAUCAAAAUAACAUUAAUCCACAUUAAAUUUAUCUCAGUUUUCAAAUUCCAUGUUAAUUCUGUGUACUAUUCAAAAUUGUGGAGCAAGAGGUGGAAAUUUUUCAAUGUUCACUAAACCUACGUGCAGAGUACCCUCCAUAUUCAAAUACUACACUGAAUGUCUUUCACAUUCUUUAUUAUUGCCCAUUUUUUAAUUUCUAUUGCUAUCUUGAAUUGGUCACAUUCCUGUUUUAACCUGAAAGCUGUCUCCAAAAAUGUCCAGGUACUUUGGAAACCAUAUUAAUUUUGUCUCAUCUUGUCAYCUUCCAGAACUAGGGCCAGGGGCUGRASUCAGUGAUCCUGAUGGAUCCUUCAAACUCAGCAUAUUCUGAUUCUGUGAAAAACUUGCCUCAUUUAUAAGCUUUUACUUCCUACAUUUCUACAAGAGCCUGAUGUGCAACAACUGUUGGGUUUUUUUGUUUGAGUUUUUGGUUGUUUUUUUUUCUUCYGGCUUUAAGAGUACCAGAUUCAAAWYAUUAUGGUCUUGGAACAGAGUUKCCAUCUCUCCUGCUAAUGCACUAGUGAGCAUGCAAACUAUCUUGUGCCAAUGCUGUACAUAUUGAAUGUAGAGCAGCAAGUGCAAUAAAGCAAGAGCAAAAGUAAUAAAGGCUUAUUUGCUAUUAAAAUAAUUUACUGAUGACAUAAUGCACUAAAGCACAUAUAUAGACUCACUGCCAGGAGGAUGAAAUGUUGACCUGCAACUGAAGCUGGAUAAGAUCUUCAGAUGUGAGCUGGCAGAUGCCAUCUACCUAGAUUUAUCCAAUCACAUUUGUUUGAGAUAGUUUUGGGCAGAACYAUAAUUCACACAGGUACCCUCCACUUUCAAAACACCUUAAUCUUACUUCCAAAUCCAUAUAUUGUUUGAGCAUCACCUUGGGACUGAUCUUUAUUUAAUAACRUGUUUCUUUACUGAUACCAGAACAGCUUCAAGCCACAAGCGAGCACCUAAUAAACAGUGACUUUUUUUUUCCCCCCCCGAAGCAUAAAUUUAGUCCACAGCUGAGGAGUUUCUUCUUGUAAACUAGCCCUGAGUGGUUCCAUCAAAAAUGAAAAGCUCAUUGACCUAAUUCAGACAUGGAAAUUUCACUUUUUUUUUUCCUUUGCAAAUUAAKUUAAUUUUGGGGAGGCAGAUAAGAGUCUCAUGCUUGUGAUAAAAUUAGAGCCCUUUCAAACACUCUGAAGGUACAACCAUGACACAAAUUAAAAUCUGGAUACAAUUGCUUUAAAAGUUUUUCUUUUGGUAAACAUGAAUGUUUGAUUUAAUUUUAGUAGCUAUUUCAUCAAAUCAUUUCCUGCUUCUCUCAAAAAACCUAGAUAAAAGCAGAAUGUGGAUCUCAGUAAAAGGGUGGCAAAGCUGAUGCUCAAAACAAGCAUCACCUUGUUUUCUCAGCACUGGACACCAAGUAAGAUACAGCAUGGUUGUCUUAAAAUAAUGGCCAAGGAACAUUUCUGCCCU